UUGUGAUUGUUGUUGAUUUUCGUGCUUGCCUUCGCUUGCUCGUAACAACAACGCGUGCACACAACACCACCAACGAAGAUGAGUGAUGGUGCAGAAGGCAGUGCUGCCAAGCAGCAGCAGGUGGAGGAAGCGUGGCGGUGGAGCCCGCCGCCUGGCUCCGAUGCGUCGCUCAAGCUCACAGACGUCUACACAGAUGAGGAGGUGACGCUGGAGAGGUCUUGGUCGACAAUCACGUUCCUUGUGCAGCCCAUUACAGCGACAAAGGCAGCGCCCAGCGUGCGGUUGCUGCGCACCCUGAUCUCUGCGGACACCACGCGAAGGGUCCUUCAGAGCAGCUUUGGGUUCAACGUUCUCUUUGCCCUUUGCGUCGACGACCUCGGCGUGGAUGCGGAGACCGCCCGGGCCUUUGAGGAGGAACUGGUGAAGGCGCUCAAGGCCGCCAACAUCUUGCCACCGUCACUCAUGCUGCGCGCAUCCGACUACAUCGAGGAAGCCAAGACCACCAUGGACACCCUCCUCAAGAAUGCACACGCAUAUGAGGCAGACGGUGAAAUCAUGCUUGGUUCCGACACCAACCCAGCGCUGUGGGUCAAGGGCAGUGGUGACGCACAAACCUUUGACGCCUCCUGGGGCAAGGGUCGCCCGACCGCCACGGGCAUUGCGAUGGCUCUCACGGCGGGCGCCCUCGAUGCGCCACUGGACAUUGUCUUUGGUGGCGAGGGGACGGCAAAUGUCUCAUCUGUGGAAGCGCUCAACGCCGCACUCAAGUCCGCGUCCGCCGUUACCGCCGCGCCUGUCAUCUCCACCCCGGUUUGCCUGCAGGCAAAAGCCACCACCAUGGAUGCAGACGCGGUUGGCGUGGGCAACGACGAUGCGACGACGGUGGCUGAGGCAGCAACAUCGCCCCGCCUGCGUCUUGCUGUUCUCCGCCAGUCUGUCUUUGAUGACGUUGCGCUCAACGCCGAAGCGCUCAAGGACAUUACUCACAUUGAGCAGCAGAUCACGGCGUUUCUUGCAGCGAUGAGCGAGCAGACGUCUGUCUACACACAGGAUCGCUUUGAAGUCCUCACCCAGCACGACCAGGACCUCAUGCUCAACUUCUUCCAACUUCGGCAGGAGAUUCACAAGUCCCUGUGCAACAACAUCAACACGGCCGCUGUUCUCGACCACCUGCUGGCCAUCAUCGCCACCGUCGCCGCAUACACCACCGCCCAGGCGGCCGCGACCAAGCCACUGCACGUUGCGUCGUUGCGGCAGAUUGGGCUGUUCGUGACGGGGCUGCUGGUGCGGCUUGGCGUCUCGUUUGACAUGCACGCGGCCACCAUCGGCUUUGCUGUUGCCGCCGUCGCCACACCAGAGGAGAUUGCAGCCCGCAGGAAGGAGUUCAGCCAGGUGUUUGCCAAGUUCUUUGAGCAGCUGUCGAGCGGGCCGGAUGCGGACGCAUACAAGAGCAUCAUUGACCAGGCGCGCGCAGAGGGCAUCUUCUAGCCAGCCACUCCUCGCAUCAGACCACAGUCUUGUUGUCUCUUCCCCCCCCCCCAUGUUUGUACACCCUGGCUCACUCACCCUCCUUCCCCCUCCUCCCAUUGCACUGCCACGGUCUUCUUGUUGGCAGGGCCUGUCGUUGUGUUCGCAUGUCCCUCGAUCAGCGGCGUGCGUGUGUGUUGUGGUUCAUUACAUGGUGUGACAACAGCCGAACGGGUGCGGGAAGCAGUCACACACGAAGCUGCAGCACGCAAGCAACAGCAACACAGAGACGAAG